AACCAGAUCAUGAUUGAGUAUCUCCGACUGUUAGCAAUCCCGCCCUAAUCGCUUGCUUUGGUGUGUUGUUGCCCUCAACUCUCUCGGAAUUAUGCUGGGACAAUUCUGACGGGUUGUUACUCGGAACAUCAUGUCAUCCGUGGGCCUGUUCACGUUACUAAGAUAUUUUGGUGAGAGUCUCGAUGGCGGUUGCUUCACGGGAGCGGUGGUUUCAGAUCCUCGGAACGGCGGCUGUUUCACGCGGUCAGAACCUGGACGGCCGAGCGUGGACUCCAGCGGCGGCGAGACCUCUGCUGCUAGGCGGUGGCGGGACUUGGGCUGCGGCGAAUUCUUUGUACAACGAGCUUGGCUAGGACGGCGGCGGCUUGCUCUGACAUGUCGUUGCGCAACACCUCCAGACGGCGGUGCGAUCUAUAAGCUUGGCGCGGCCUUCGCCUCUGCGGUUCUCCUCUGUUGCGAUCCUGCUGCGGCAACUCUAGUCUCAGAUCGAAAAAGACUGCACACGAUUCGGAUCUUCACUUGAUGUGGCUGUUUUUCUUCACGCACUAUGAUACUCCGGUAGAAAAUUUCAACAACUCUUUACUUCUUUAACUAGAACACAAUUAUUUGAUGAGAACUAGGAGCCUAAUACAAUAACUCUCAUAUAAAUUUAAUAUGGGUCU